AUGUCCUACGCGAAUGACGAUGACGUGGAAGAGGAAGCCCUUGUUGCCGACUAUCAGGAACAAGUCAAUUAUGAAGACGAUGGUGCGGACCUAGAAAGAGGAGACUCCUUGAGUGGAGGCCCAGCAGAUCUGAGAGCACAGCUCGAGGCAGCUGCUGCUCCUCUAGAAUAUCAAGCCUCUCUUGAAACAAAAUUCGCCAGUUACGACAAUUACUGUACUCUCUUUCAUUACAUCCUCAAUUCCGACGGACCUGUCGAUAUCGAACAACCGUCAUACUACUGGGCGUGGGAUGUCAUUGACGAAUUCAUCUAUCAAUUCGAGUCGUUCUGCCGAUACAGAAAUCGGGUCGCACGAACCGCCCCAAAUGAAGAAGAGGCACAAAUCCUGCGGGAGAACCCCAACACAUGGGGCUGCUAUUCGGUGCUGAACGUCCUCUACUCUCUCAUCCAACGCUCUCAGAUCAAUGAGCAACUUGCUGCACAGAAGCGAAAUGAAGAUCCUAACGCUGUGGCUGGGGAGUAUGGCUCCAGACCGCUCUACCGCAUGCUGGGCUACUUCUCCAUUAUCGGCCUGCUGCGCGUGCACUGCCUGCUAGGCGACUUCAGUCUGGCCCUCAAAACCCUCGACGAUAUCGAGAUGAACAAGAAGGCCAUGUUCGCCCGCGUCAUGGCGGCCCACCUCAACACAUACUACUACGUCGGCUUCUCGUACAUGAUGCUACGCCGCUAUGCCGACGCCGUCCGCAUGUUCAGCCACAUCCUCGUCUAUGUGUCACGGACUAAGAACUUCCAAAAGGGCAACCAACAAUUCGACGCCAUCGCCAAGAAGACAGAACAAAUGUACGCCCUGAUCGCCAUCUGUGUCUCCUUUGCGCCCACCCGGCUCGACGACACGAUCCACACGGCUCUGCGCGAGAAAUACGGUGAGAAAUUCGCCCGCCUCCAACGUGGUGGCACCGAAUCUCUCCCCGUGUACAGGGAACUCUUCCAAUCCGCAUGCCCCAAAUUCAUAACGCCGACGCCACCGGACUUCGACAACCCAUCUCUCAACAUCGACCCUGUCGAGCACCAUACGGACAUCUUCAUGGAUGAAGUGAAGAACACUCUUUUCAACCCGACCGUCAAGUCGUACCUGAAACUCUACACGACCAUGGACCUAAAGAAGCUCUCGAGCUUCUUGGAAGUCGAGCCUGAGAAAUUGCGCAGCUGGCUCCUCGUCAACAAGCAACGGAGCAGACAGAUUCGCUGGUCCGAAGGUGGUCUUUUGGAAGGCGAGCCGGUCAAUGGUAGCGAGUUGGACUAUGCCAUUGAGGGCGACUUGAUUCACAUUAGUGAGGCGAAGCAGGGUCGGAGAUUGGUCGAUUGGUACCUACGGAAUCUGGCUAGAUCUUAUUAG